ACUUCCUCCUAAACAGGCAGAAACAUUUACACUUCCUUUUCGUUGCAGUAGAAAACUCCAGAGCAGCCUGCAGGGGAAGAGCCAGAGCGAAAAACAACGAGAUCGAAACGAUGGGUGAUUCGGGGUUUCGAUCAAUGCUGCUGUUAGUGAUUGUCGUCCUUCUUCCAGCAUCGGUCCAUUCUACGGUUCGAAAGUACACAUUCAACGUGGUGUCGACAAACACUACGAGGCUUUGUUCAAGCAAGUCAGUGGUGUCCAUUAAUGGGAAGGUGCCAGGGCCAACCCUUUACGCUAGGGAAGGUGACAAUGUCCUUGUUAGGGUUCAUAACCAUGUCCCUAACAACAUCACCAUUCACUGGCAUGGGGUCAGGCAGCUUCGGACCGGGUGGUCUGACGGGCCGGCUUAUGUGACCCAAUGUCCAAUCCAAAGUGGCAAGAGCUUCUUGUACAACUUCACGCUGACAGGGCAGAGAGGCACAUUGCUUUGGCAUGCACAUAUUUCGUGGCUAAGGGCAACUGUGUAUGGAGCCAUUGUCAUACUUCCUAAGAAAAAUGUUCCUUAUCCUUUCCCAAAACCUGAUGGCGAAAAGGUCAUUGUACUUGGAGAAUGGUGGAAAGCGGAUGUUGAAAGUGUAGUGAAGCAGGCCACAACGACUGGGAUGCCACCCAACAUUUCGGAUUCUCAUACCAUCAAUGGUGAUCCUGGUCCUGUCUUUGGUUGCUCUUCCUCCGGGUACAGUCUCCACGUCGCAAAUGGAAAAACCUACCUGCUCCGGAUAGUAAACGCGGCGGUCAACGACGAGCUCUUCCUCAAAAUCGCCGGCCACAAACUCACCGUCGUCGAAACCGACGCCGCCUACACGAAGCCCUUCACCACCGACACAAUCUUCCUCGGGCCGGGGCAAACCACAAACGCCCUCCUCACCGCCGACCAAACCGCCGGAAAAUACACAAUCGCCGUUUCCCCCUUCAUGGACACGGUCGUCCCCGUCGACAACGCCACCGCCGUCGGAUUCCUCCGCUACAAGGGGAUCCAACCCUUUUCCCCACCGCACCUCACCGCCACUCCACCAAUCAACGCCACCGCCGUCACCGCCGCCUUCGCCGGCGGACUCAGGAGCCUCAAUUCCCCAAAUUACCCCGCCGCCGUGCCCCAAACCGUCGACCACUCCCUCCUCUUCGCAAUCGGCGUCGGAAUCAACCCUUGCCCGACCUGCGUGAACGGGACCAAGACCGUCGCCAACAUCAACAACGUCUCCUUCGUCCUCCCCACCGUGGCUCUGCUCCAGGCCCAUUACUUCAAAUUACAGGGGAUCUUCACCUACGAUUUCCCGGCGAACCCGCCGUCGCCUUACAAUUACACGGGGAACCCGCCGGCGAAUUUGCAGACCACGAACGGGACGAAGGUGUAUCGGCUAGGGUUUAACGACACCGUGGAGGUCGUCCUUCAGGGGACUAGCUUGAUCGCGCCGGAGAGCCAUCCAAUUCAUCUCCACGGAUUCAAUUUCUUCGUGGUGGGAAAAGGCUUGGGGAAUUUCGACAAGGGUAAAGAUCCGAGCAGCUUCAAUUUGGUUGAUCCGGUGGAGAGGAACACAAUGAGUGUCCCCACCGCAGGAUGGACCGCGAUCCGAUUCCGAGCUGAUAAUCCAGGGGUAUGGUUUUUGCACUGCCAUUUGGAGGUGCAUACGACAUGGGGAUUGAAGAUGGCAUUCGUGGUGGAGAAUGGGAAAGGUCCUAAUGAGUCGAUACUCCCACCUCCUCCUGACCUCCCACAAUGCUAAAAAGAAUUAAUAAGACUUCAAAAGGAAAGAGUUGAACAGUGGAUUUCAGGAAUCCAUGGAAUCACUCUCGAGACAAUUGGGGUAGGGUUUGUAGACAGACAGACAGGGGAGAUUUGUUGUACUUUGUAAGUAGAGGGUGAGAAGCAAUGUUGUCAGAAUCGAACCGGAGCAUGAUCUGGUAAUGCGAACGGCUCGCACUUUAACGGUCCAACCGGCAUUAGACCGUUUAAAAAUCGUUAGAGAACCGGUAUCUAAUAAACGUUAUCACUAUAAAUAGUGGACAUUUCUUAAUCAGAGCUCAUCUCUUUCUUUCGAAAUUGUGAAAUGGAAAUAAGGAUUCAAUUUGAGAGCCCGACGUUUUUGGUUUAUUUCAAUUUUCAAUUUUCUACAAUUUUUUUAAUUAAAUUUAGUGGCUGAAUGGCAAAAACCGGACGACCGGCUCGAUCAGCUCGAACGACUAACCGCCUCGGCCGCUCGCCAACCACUACAUAAAACCGGAGCGAUUUUUAGACUAUUCCGAGCCGGUUUUGUGAUCGGGUGGCGGUUUUACCGGUCGGACCGAGCGGCUCGGCUCGGCUUUAAUAACACUGGUGAGAAGUG